AGCUUCUCAUUGAUCAACAUGAGAACUUCAAUAUUCCUUCUCGUUGUCAUGGCAACUAUUGUUGUUUCACAAGAUGCUACAAGUGGUCCAGAAUUACGGGAUUGCGACAACUGUCCUCCAAGUCCACGCGGACCUAAAGGUGUGAAGGGUCAAAGGGGACUUCAGGGAGAACGUGGCAUACCUGGGGAUCCAGGCAGGGUAUAUUACCGUGGAACAGGGUCACAAUGUGGUCCAGGUCCCUGCCCAACAGGAGCACCUGGUAAUAAAGGUGAUAGAGGAUUACCAGGUGAAACUGGACCUGGCGGCUCUCUUGGCCUUCCGGGGGACAAAGGAAAUCCAGGAGAUGCAGGCCUACCGGGUAGGCCUGGUCCGUCUGGCUCUACAAAUAGUGAUGUGAUGUAUCUACCGUAUAAACCUGGAGAUAAUGUGGGACAAGUUUGUUACAGUUUUAGAAAAGUUUGUGCUGGUAAGUAGUAUCAUAUACAUUAGAGAGUUUAGGAUUUGUCUUCCACUGCCAUUACCGCUACCAUUGUUGGACCAUUGACCAAUCAGAUACGCUUAAAGUACCUAACCAACUAAUUAAAUGCGUUUAUUCUACCUGUCAGAUGAGCGGUAGAGAAAAUAAAAUCUAACCUCUAUAUUUUUAAACUCACUUAUUUCACUUAACAGGUUGCAAGUUGACAUAAACAAUAAAUAUAUGGCGUUAACUAGAAUUAUAUCAUCAUUGCUUCAGUUUCUAUUGUCUUCUGUAGGUCGAUAUCAUGUGAGUCCACUCAGUGGAUGGGCAACUGUCUAAAAGCAGGGGGCGGUUUUGAAUAUCUCCAGGGGAGUGCGGAGCUGAAAUAACCUGCCCAAAUACAGGGUCGAUAUGUAUUAAUCAACCUCAUUAAUAUAUUCAUGAGGUUGAUUAAUAAAUAGCAACCUCUAAAUGGGGUUGAUUAAUACAUAUUACCCCUCAAAUUAUUAUGAACAAGAAACUAUCCAAUUUUCUUAAAUUUUUCUGACAACAGAACUAUAAAUCGAUUUUUCUGACAACAGAACUAUAAUACGGAGACAGAUCGUUCUGUGUUGCUGGACCAAGAUUGUGGAAUGAUUUACCUGUUCAUCUUCGGAUGUGUGAAUCAUUAACCAUUUUUAAGAAGUUUCUUAAAACAUAUCUUUUUAACUUGUUUUUAAAUAGUGUAUGAUGUAUUCUAUAGUUUUAACAUUCUUAACACUAGUUUUUAAGAUUGGAUUUUGUAUUACUGUAAAGCGCCUAGAACAGUCUUGGUUUGUGCGCUAUAUAAAUGUUUAUUAUUAUUAUUAUUAUUAUAACGUCUAACAAUAAAUCUUACCCAAUCACAUCUUUGCAAUUUGAAAAGUUAAAAACACGCAUUCGCUUUGACGACUUAGCUUUAUCUACAUUAUCAUUUUCGCUGCCGUCACCCUCCUGUUGUUUGCAAGGCAUCCUUUUCAGUUUUAAGCUAGGCUUUACAUCUUCUUCAUCAGUUUUGUUAGUCCCUGUAAUUAUGCCUGACACCAUUUCUCUCGACUUUUCACUUGGAUGUUGGUAGGAGUGUAGAGACGCCAGACGUCUGUGACCAGUUCUUUCCAUACAAUGACUAUUUACUACAAUACGCUAUGUCUCCUCUUUGUUACAGACUGUAUAGUCAACACGAUAUUCAUAACAUUGUUUAACAUUAUUUAAUUGGCCCCUAAGCGUUAACACGUAGUAUGUUUAUCACAAUCACCAUCACAAAAAAGCUAUUCUUCUUUAUUUUUAACUUCAGAAAAUGAAGAUAUAAGCUAGUUAUAUACCUUAAGCCCGCCGCACACGAGCGCACUUGUCGCGCGUACUUGUUAUUCGUGACAAGUUGGAUCGACAAAAUUUCCUCGUGUGCGGGCAACAUUUACGGCAUUUUCGUCAUUCGUGACAUGUAAACCAAAUAUCAAACAUGUUUGAUAUUUUUCGUCGUUCGUGACAAAAAAAUUCUCGUGUGCAGCGAGCAAACGACAAGCGCGCCUGAAUAGGAAAAUUUGCGCAUGCGUGCAAGUUGCAGAAUUAAAAACAAGACACGAGCUCGUGAUUUUGAUCCGCCAUGUUCUUUUUAAUUCUGCAAGUUGCACGCAUGCGCAAAUUUUCCUAUUCAGGCCCGCUUGUCGUUUGCCCGCCGUACACGAGAAUUUUUUUGUGACGAAUGACGAAAAAUAUCAAACAUGUUUGAUAUUUGGUUUACAUGUCACGAAUGACGAAAAUGCCGUAAAUGUUGCCCGCACACGAGGAAGUUUUGUCUAUCCAACUUGUCACGAAUAACAAGUACGCGCGACAAGUGCUCUCGUGUGCGGCGGGCUUUAGACCUCAGUGUUUAUGCGCAUAUCAACCUCGGUGUUGCGCGCCUCGGUUGAUAUGUCGCAUAAACACUUCGGUCACGGUAUAUAACCUAUACUUACCGAAUAAAUAGGAACGCUAUUAUGUGUCUGUGAAUUUUCUCAAUAUGACCUAUCGUGUUCUCUUGGCCAAAAAUGUCCACACUAUGACACUACAAAAAAAAGCAACAGAAGCUACUCUACAUACGAGCUUUACUAUCUGAGUAUCAAAUGGGAAGAAGGCAAGUUAGUUAGUUAGUUAGGGCAUCUAUGAGCAUCAUGAGAUUUGGGAAGUAGUGUUGUAAGCCAAUUCAGAGUCACGACUGCAUAACCAAAUGAUGCUUUCUGCGUAGGAUCUUGGUCUGGGAGAAUUAGAAUAUGCAUAUAAACAUAAAAAAUAUUCAAGUAUUCAAUCAUCAGUUGAAUAUGCAAAAGUUAAUCCGCGGUUGACUUGUUUUGAAUUUAAAAAUAUAUAAAGACAAAAUAUGCUAGAACAAAAAAAAUUGUUUAACUGACCGGUCUAAUGUGGCCAUAAGUGAAACACAUAUAAUGUUCAAUACUUUGACAUCCUUAUUUUUAUUGCUUCCAUUCUCAGCUAUACAUAUAUGAUUCAACAGCAAUUUAUGCCAACGCAUAACAUAGUGACAUAGUGAAAAAUAAAACACUUGGAACUUUGGAUAUUACCACAGUUGAUAAUCAUUAGAGAGGAGACACUCUAGGACUCUGACUAUCCAUUAUCUGUAUAGAUCCUAUUGCCUACAGAUUGUCGUCGAUUGUAGGGUAAUGUCAAUACGCCCUGGUUUCGCGACUCCAUCUUGCCAAGUUGGGCAAACCCUUAGCUCGGGCGUCCGCAAACUCUUCUUGGUAAUCUUAUUCGUAUAGGAUAUAUCACUUUGUAUAAUGUUCUCCAAAAUUGCACCCUGAAAGAGAAAUUGAGAACGUGUUGUUUUUCGUUAUAAUAAUGGUCAUCAAUAAUAGACUGUUUCCAAUCUUUAUCGAUGAAAGCAAUUAUAUGUACAACAAAAAGCAUCAUCUCUGCAUUGCUAUAUAUCUGCUAGAUCUGUAUACAACACGACCUCUCAUGCUCCAUAUACUGUACUACAUAAUUUAUUGGAAAUGUAUACCAUACCAAUCCACCUUGGACUCCCUACAAGUACAAGUCAACUUGUAUUAUUGGGGCGACCCUGAGCGAGCCCCACAGUUUGGUGGCUCAUCGAGCUCAAGCGCAAUGUAUUAUGGUGCGUUGUACGUGCGUACACGGAACUUUUCGUGCAGUAAUUUAAAUCCUACCGGCCUUUCGCCUCGCACCAGCUAUUUUGAGAACUUUCAGUCCCACAGUGAUUUACAGUAAAUUUUACCGGCCUUUCGCCUCUCACCGGCUGACAAUUUUUCAUGCGACAUGCGAUGAAAUAUAUUCUUUAUGUAUAGGUAAUAGCAUGGUUUCGAGUGCAAUUUGGAUAUAACAUGCACCAGUGAGUUUUUCAAAGACCUCAAAAUAGCACGAGUCCGAAGGACGAGUGCUAUUUGAGGUCUUUGAAAAACUCACGAGUGCAUGUUUAUCCAAAUUUCACGAGAAACCAUGCUAUUACUUAUUAAUAAUUUACAUAAGCGAGACAAUUGUAGUUUUAUAAACUUACGCGUUUAUAGCGAACAUUCCACUGGCAAAGUUUUCCUGGCUUUGAUAUAUCAUAUUAUACAACGCUAACAGCUUGAAAAUCCACUCAACUAUGUAAUUUUUGUUGGUCUUGUUUAAGGUAAGUGCUUUUCCAUUUAAAAAUAAAGAUAAAAGCCAUAUUUUCCACGCGAAGGCAACUUUUACCGUUACUUCUUUAAACUAAAUUGCUUUAAACUGAUUGUUUGAUUUAAUCAUCACAAUGUUUUUCCACCAAUCAGAUCAGUUUGUUACAGAUUUUUGCACUGUGAUUACAGAAAAUUGCACUGUGAUUACAAAAAAUUGCACUGUUAUUACAGAAAAUUGCACUGUGAUUACAAAAAAUUGCACUGUGAUUACAGAAAAUUGCACUGUGAUUACAGAAGAUUGCACUGCUGUUUGGGAUUAACUGCACUGAAGUCAACCAAUCACAGUCGUGUAAUAUCUUUAUGUAUUUGCUGCAUGUGUUGGUGUAAUGUACUCAGGUGAAUAAGAUGCUUGUGUGAUGUUACUCUGAGUGCACAUCCACACCGGGCAGGCUUGAAAAAUAUGCCUAGCCACGGUGGGAUUCGAACCUACGACCUUUGGAAAACUAGCCCCAAUGCUCUGCCAACUGAGCUACGCGGUAUUCUUAUUCACCUGAGUACAUUACACCAACACAUGCAGCAAAUAUCAUGAUUAUUAGAUUACACUGAUAUCGAAGGAACUAGACUCAGUUCCGAAAUAUCGCAUACUCGAACCGACUUGACCGCGUAGCUCAGUUGGCAGAGCAUUGGGCUAGUUUUCCAAAGGUCGUAGGUUCGAAUCGCACCGUGGCCAGGCAUAUUUUUCAAGCCUGCCCGGUGUGGAUGUGCACUCAGAGUAACAUCACACAAGCAUCUUUAUGUAUAUUAUUAGCCAAAUAACAAAUGGCAAUGGACAACUUGCAUGUUAGACUAAAUUUUAAUCUAAGUAAAGAGAAGGGAAUAAAAUAAUGAAAUUAGUAAAAUUGCAAGAUUUGGUUGCGAAUUGUUGUAAAAUGCAGAAAAUAUAGCCUUGCGAAGUUUACAAAUUUUCAGUAUAUUUGUAUUACGUGCGGAAAUUGUUGCCAUUUUCGGCUCAAAAAUGGUAACAAUUCCGCACGUAAUACAAACAUACUGAAAAUAUGCAAACUUUUCUGUAUUUUACAACAUUUCGGAACCAAAUUUUGCAAUUUUAUACUGAUUUUAAUAAGUUCUUUACGGGAAUUUACUUUUUUUUGCCUAAAUCAAAAAGUAGUCUAACAUGCAAGUUGUCUAUUGAUUCGAAUCGCACCGUGGCCAGGCUCAUUUUAGUGAGAAUUAUUGCAAAAUUUAAGCACAAACAAAAUCAUAACAUAUCGUUAUAGUCUAGCGCGCGUGUUUUAUACUGACAGCUAAAUUUCAGGAUAAAUUGUUAUUUUUCAAACUUUAAAAGUUAUUCACGGCACAUAUUUCUGUUGUGAUGGUUUGUAUUGUCCUUUAGUUUGUAUAUCUAAGUUAUCUAACUCAUUUUUGUUCAGUUUUGGUAUUAAAUACGAUUUAAAAUGUCUUUUGACAGUUUGUUUGCGUUUGCUAUUUUUAGCAGUUUUUGAAUUUUGUGACAUAAAACUGACAUUUGAAGUAAAGAAUAUUUUUCAGGGAGGUCGCGUAAUUUUGAAAAUGUGUGUAAAGUACAUGCAAAUAAAUCACCACAGCUAGAAAGAGCAUACUAAGAUUAGUAAAUUGCAAAGGUUGGUUGCGAAAUGUUGUAAAAUGCGGAAAAUAUAGCCUUGCAAAGUUCGCAAAUUUUGUAUACUUUUGUAUUGCGUGCGGAAAUUGCUACCAUUUUCGGCCCAAAUGUGGUAGGAAUUUCCGCACGCAAUACAAAAGUAUACAAAAUUUGCGAACUUUGCAAGGCUGCCUAUAUUCUCCGCAUUUUACAACAUUUCGCGAUUUUGUAAUUUUACUAAUUUUAGUAUGCUCUUUCUAGCUGUGGUGAUUUAUUUGCAUCUCUUCGCCUAGUUUUAAAAUUAGUCUAUAAUGGGAAUUGUCUAUUCGUUUCAUUUUAGUUCCCGGACUACGUAAUGGUUGGCGUGGAUGGUAUCGAGAAGGUCAGAGUGGUUACAUGAUUUACAACAAAUGGAUGUAUUUCGUCACCUUAUCUGAUUGUCCAUGUGAAUAUGACAAACCUAGUGCACCACAGCCAGCCAAACCAAGAGAUUGUGUACGUCUAGGAGAAUGUCAAUCUUUGGAUUGAGGGACACUGAAUUUUUUAUCAAGUAUCAUUACUAUUUUGUUAUCUUUACAUUUAAACUACAGUAGUAAUACAGAUUAAGAAUUUCUCAAAUGCAUACUUUUGAUUUAAAUUAUUGCCACGAUAUGUUAAAUUUUGUUAUUGGAUUUUAAUAGAAAUAUGUUGCAGGUAUUUUUAUGGUCAAACCUCUUGAUAUACACAUUAGGGCCAUACACAAAAUGCAUGCUACUUCGGGGACGAUAUAUUGGACGAAAAACUAUAUAUUAGGAUCGGGCGGUUCAGGGUAAAAACCGAAAACCGAAAGCCGUCUGGAAAAACCCGAAAAACCCGAUGUUUUUUAAUGAAAUUUCCUGAUGAAAAUUUAAAGGAAAUUUCAUAAAAUAGUGGAAAUACUGGGUAAAAAAUAUGGCGGCCAUUUUGGUUGCGAAUUACGAAUAUUUCGGUCUUAUUUUCGCUCGAUGAUCCUCUAAUACUCAAUGUUUCGCGCGCUGUUUCUGCAAGUUUCAAGUAUUUUCCCGAUUUUUUUCCGGUUUUUUUUCGGUUUUUCGAUUUUUUGUCAAAAGAAAAAUCGAUUGAAUCGUUUUUUAAAAAAAUCGGGUUUUUUGGUUUUAUCGAUAAACCCCCCGACCCUACUAUAUAUUAUAACUCUUAUGAAGUAUUUUCUCUCACACUACACUAGAUCCCAAAGGCUCAAUCCAAAAAAGCAUGAAUUCUAGUCUGUCCCGAAUUAUAUAUUAAAAUGGCAGAGAAGCCACUACAAUAAACCAUGUAAAUCGAGAAAAAAUAUUUUUGCAAGGAUGAACUACAUGUAAAGAAUAUACCAUACAAAAAAUUAUAGACAG